AUUCCAUUCGGGAGUACGAGAAUCAUCCGAAAUGUCAUUUAUCUUGCUCUUCCUGCUCGCCUGCAGCCUGCUCGCCUCGGCCAGGGCCACGUGCAACGUCUGCAAUACUGUCAACAACCUGACCUGCUACUCCCUGACCCAGACACAGGCAUGCGAUGCGUCUAAUUUGCCCACCGGUUCGCCCUUCAGCUGCCCCACCGGCUAUGUGUGUGUGAGUGGGGCCAAUGGAGUGAUCUGCGUGCCGGAGGCGAGUGCUGAGAGCAGCCAGGCCGACUGCCAGGAUUGCAACAAGUGCGACACCAGCAACACCUUUGCCUGCACUGGCACCAGCAGCUUCGCCCUCUGUCUGGGCACGGACACGGUGCAGGAUUCAGUCGGAACCUGUGCCGACGGCUAUGUAUGUAACAUCAAUGACACACAGAUAUGUGGUCUGCCAACAAAUGGGAUAAUGCCCACGUGUUCGUAUGCCGAAGAUGCCACCUCCAGCAGCUCCUCGAGUGGAACUACAACAACAACAACUGCUUCUCCACCUUCCACCAGCUCCCCAGACGCAUAUUGUGCCGCCGUUCAGUCCGAGGGUAGAUUUGCAGUCGGCAAUGAUGCCUACACGACCUGUCGCCAGUAUAUUUUGUGCACCUUGGUCAGCGGCAGUUGGCAGGGUCAAACGUAUACGUGUCCGGGCAGUCUGUACUUCAACAGCACUUCCAGCCAGUGUGUCGUCGCCAUGCCAUCCACCUGCUCGACCAGUGUCAGCUCCACAACCUCGACGACAGCGGCCCCUACACCAAGCAAUCCAGAUGCCUAUUGUGCGGCCAUGAAGUCGGAGGGCUACUAUCCGGUGGGAACCGAUCCCAGUACCACAUGCCAACAGUAUGUCUACUGCUUUCUGCUGAAUAGCGUCUGGCAGGGCCAGAUGUACACGUGUCCGGGCAGUCUGUACUACAACAGUGCCAGCCGGAUCUGUGCGAGUGCCCUGCCCGCCACUUGCUCCGCCACAGUGGCCAGCCUGACCCUCAAUGGAGUUGCUUUAGAGUAAGUACAGGCGACACGGAGAAUAUUGAAUAGUUUAUUGAAUGAGAUGGGAUGGGUCUGAUGGUCUAAAGACAAGCAGCAGGCUUCAGGUAGGAGCACCUCUGCAUCUCUGCCUCGAAGUAGGAGUCCGUCGGGCAAUCGUAUUCCGUGGCGUUAACCGCAAUAUUAUUUUUAAAGUAACAACUGAUGUAGCUAUAAAGACAAGAUUAACAAAUAAAUAUACUC